AUGGAUCCUGUAGGACAGGAAGACGUACUGGACUUGUCCAGAGACAAGUCACCGAAUCAGGGCGCAUAUGUUUACCAGCCCGCAAAACCCGGGAAAACCGCCAGUGAGCGACCUGUUAAACGCCGCAAGGUCUCGUCCGCUCAUGACCAAGGGCAGGCGGCCGCUUCGCAAAUCUUUGUGCCACUCUUGAAUGGAGAAGAAAACUUGAUAUCUACACAACUGCGUCACGACUGUUUUAAACAAAUCUGGUCAAGGCAGGAGGAUAGGAUUCAGUCUAUUCUUGAAGAUGUGGACGCCGGAGUCUUGGCCGAUGUACUCUCCUUCGUCAGAGACAAUACACCCGAGACGUGCAAUGGCUGUAUUCCAACGGGACUGGUGACGGUUGGUUCAAACGUGUCUUCUCUGAGCCGACUUCUCUCUCGACUCAACGAUCAGUUGUUGAGCAAUGAUGAGGGCGGAGUUGUGGUACUUGAAUCAGGCGAUGCCCCGAAUUUGAAGACGACACUCAAGAAUGUCAUUCGAGCUGUGAUCACUAACACCGAGGGAAACGAUGGAUAUCAUAAAUUCUUGACGGAUAGAAGUGGCCCCCGGCUACUCGGAUACGAUCUGGAUCUUCUUCAUGACUAUGUCCAGAGGAAGGGCACCAAGAAAUUGGUACUUGCAUUCCGGGAUAGCGAGGCAUUUGAUCCAGUAUUGCUCAUGGAUCUUUUGUCACUUCUCAAGUCUUGGCUCGAUCGAAUCCCUUUCACGGUACUUCUCGGUAUCUCUACAUCCGUCGAGCUUUUCGAAGGCCGUCUUCCACGCGCAUGUAUCUCCCUGCUGCAAGGAAAGCAUUUCGAAGUCCAAGAUGCGGGAAAUUGUGUCGAUCGAAUAUACGAAUCUCUUCAGGCGGGACCUGAAGGGAAGAUGUGGCUCGGUCGCAAUGUCACCAGCACCCUUCUGGAGAAGACUCAUGAUUACUUCCAGACUCCCGAGGCCUUCAGUCGAAUGGUUAAACAUGCCUAUAUGUCGCACUUCUUUGCCAAUCCUCUAUCUGUUCUCCUAGCCAACCCGAGCCCAGCUACACUUUCACAUACCGUGCUUUGUGAGGCCAUGAGAAACACACCAUCAUUCCGCAUGUUUUGUGAGGAUCUCAUAGAGUCGGGCUCGCCAGAAAACGCGAGAAACCUCAUUGAAAGCGACGAAACUCUUUUACAGGAGGCGAUCAACCAUGUUGAAAUUGGCCAGCAGAGUAUGCGACGCCUGUUCGGUGCUAUUGGCGUUAUAUUCUCAUGUCUGCAAUACACGCAAUCGCUGAAGAAAACGAAUAUCUCCGACCUUUCUGUGCGAGGCCUUUCCGGAGACCUGAGCGAAUCGCAGGUUUUGGAUGACAUGCUUGCCACCAUGAGGACAUUUGACUCGGAGAAGAUGGGUCGCCUGCUUGACGCCUUGCCCGAACUAGAACUCACUCAUUUGCCCAUUGAGGACAUCAGGGCUGACUUGGCUUCGCUCGUUGACGUUCAUGCACGUUCAUUACCGCUACGGAGUGAAUACAACAUCAACAGCUCCGUAAUGAAGACGACUGUCGUCCAGCAAAGAAUCUUACUGAGUAAAGGCAAAUCCAAUCUGGCAAAGCGCGAUCUUGAGUACACCAGGAUUGUUGACCGACUCGUCGGCGCCUUUCAGGAAUACUUUGCGGAAACACUGAUCCAGCCCCAGGAACUUUUCAUGCACGAAGCCUUCCUAUUCGACUUCCGUAAUCCUCUGAAAGAGACUUUCACACCAAGACCGCGCUUUGCGAUCGAGCGUGCACUGGCAAAUCCUUUCGAUUACCUGGUUUCCUCGGCCGAUAUAAGCGCUGCAAGAAUUUCAGUGAAGCAGCCGCCCACUGCGAUACUGUAUCAGCUAUACCUUGAAUCUGGGGCAUUGGUAAACAUCCAUGAUCUUUGGCAGACCUUCUACACUGUUUUCGAAAGCGAGCAGGGAGACGCAUGUGACGAGCGGUUAGUCAUGGCCUUAUUUUAUGGUGCUUUAUCAGAUCUGAGAUCUUUUGGUAUGGUGAAGAACAGCAGAAAGAAGACAGACCAUCUUUCCAAGUCCGUGUGGAUUGGGCUUUAG